AUGUUCUGCUCUCCCAGGUGGUGCGCCUUGUUCAUAAACCUCGAAAGAAGAGCUGAUCGCAAAGAGCGGCUUCGCUCCUUGCUGGCCGAAGCCAACGAGCCCCUCCUUGGCCGCCUGGAGCGCGUGGAGGCCAUCGACAAGCUGGCCUUGUCUUUAGAUGAUGAGGUGGUCGUGGACGCCGUCGGUCCCUAUGCUUUGGAGCGUGCCAGGCGCGCAGUGGACGAGGAGCAUUACACCAUUGUCCACGACGAGGAAGGGAAUUUGGUUCAUUUUGACGACCACCUCACGGUGGGCGGCAUCGCUUGCGCUCUGUCCCACCGCCUGGCGCUCCAGCGCAUUGCCACGCACCCGACGGCCGAGUGGGGUCUGAUUCUGGAGGACGACGUCAACGCCGUCGUCCCGAGAGUAGACCUGGCAAUCUCAAAGCUCUUGAAAGAGCUGCCGGAAGAUUGGGAUGCCGUUUGCCUCGCCUACCAUGAUCCUCGUGGGAGGGUACAUCCGCUCGCCGUCGACAAGGGCACAAUCGAUGAGUCCUUUGACGGUGCAGAGGUCGAGUUAAUACAGUCACACGGGCAUGUCUUCGGCCUCGGCGCGUGGAUGGUCCGCAAGGAGGCUGCCCAGGAACUAGUAGACCACGCUUUCCCCAUCGAAAGCCAGGUGGACUUUACCCUCACCAACUGGUUGGCCCGAAACGGAAGGAGCUUCUGGAAGGUGGAUCCCACUAACUUGCUUUUCUACGCGCCCUCCAGUGAGGAGGAGAUGGACUCCGACGUGCAAACUAUGGUACCUAUCGCGAAGAUAGAAGAGGAGCACGAUUCUCUGCAGGCGUACAUUGACUACAUGAACGGCAGGACGGCUGACCCAUAUGAGGAUUGGGACCUUGACCUGGAUUUAGACUAUGGUUCGCAGCAGUUCGACGAAGAGGAAUGGAUUCGGCAAUGGCAAGAGGCGAGAUACGAGGAAUACUAUGGGCGUUCGAGGUCCGAAGGCUGA